AUGUUUGAUGGCCUAUUCGGUGCCAUGUACAUCAGGUACUUAUUUAACCAUUAUUUCGCAUUUUCCGAACAUGCUUUAACGUUAACCAGGCCAAAGCCCACAGCUCCAGCUCCAUGGUCACUUAUCAGCAAUAAUCCAAAGGACAUUGAAAACAUGAAAAGAGCAGUUGCGAACCCUCAUGUUGUAGUUGUCUCAGACUGGACCCGGUUCAAGUCGUGGGAAUAUAUGAAGGCCCAAGAAGACUCAGGUUAUACUAUAUUCAUUCUUAUCAAUGGAAAAGGCAGCGUAUACUGUCAAGGAGAGGAUUUUCUUGUCAAUCACACAAUGGAUUAUAUGAAAUGGGCCAUAUACCCACGCCAUGUCAAUGACAAAGGAUGCCUCCCUUUUGUCAGAUCGACGGAAAACAAAUAUCUACGCGAUGGCCACCCAGAGACAAUUCCUCUCCAUCUACAACAAGGAUGUGUGCCAUCCGAGGGAGAGCAAGCGGUUUUUGAAGUCGACCCAGCCGAUGAAUGGGUCAGUUUCAACUUUGUUGAUGCUGCAACCUUCAAGACCCCCGUUUUUGCCAUUGACGAGCAUGAAAUGUGGGUUUAUGAGGCAGACGGUCAUUUUAUUGAGCCACAGAAGGUUGACACAGUCAAGUUUUACGCUGGUGAACGAUACUCAGUCAUGGUAAAGCUACACAAGAACGAUGCUCGAGACUAUACAAUUCGAGUGAUGGAUACAGGUCUAACUCAGAUCAUUGGAUCAUAUGCCACACUACGGUAUAAACGGAACCCGAAUGACAAGAGUGUUCACGAAGCGAAGGAGUCUAAAGGGAUUCUCAACUAUGGCGGUCUAAACACGACGCACGUCGUUACCUUAGACCGCGAUAACCUACCGCCUUAUCCACCCAAUGCACCCGCCGCGCAUGCAGAUGCCCUUUACCUCCUUGAUACUCACCGCGUGAAAACCGCGUGGACAUACACCAUGAAAGGUGGUGCAAUGUAUCAAGAGGAUCGCAGUGCAUACGCCCCAUUACUUUACUACCCAGACUCAGCUGACGCAAUGGACGAGAGCCUUGUCAUCCGCACUAAGAACAAUACUUGGAUUGACCUUGUUGUUCAGGUAGGUUCCCUUCCAAAUCAGCCCCAGGAGUUCCCGCAUAUCAUGCACAAACACUCCGGAAAGACCUGGCAGAUCGGUGCCGGGGAAGGACACUGGAAUUAUUCUUCAGUCGAAGAGGCAAUGAAGGCCGAGCCUACCAAAUUUAACCUCAAAACACCGAAUUAUCGGGACACCUUCAUCACGUCUUUUGACGGGCCAUCUUGGAUCGUGCUACGAUACCAUUCUAACAACCCUGGACCUUGGCUCAUGCACUGUCAUUUUGAGAUUCAUCUGGGUGGUGGCAUGGCUAUUGCCUUCAUGGAUGGUGUUGAUGCGUGGCCCAAGGUACCACCAGAAUACGCUCCUGGAAAAGGCGGGUUCUUGGACUGA